AUGAAUGAGUUGGCAACGAUGUUUUCCGACGAGAUCAGGCAACUUCCAGGGAGGAAGGUUGAUAUUGAUGCUGAUGAACUUUCUAGGGAGACUAUAGUCAAAAUAAUUGAAAUCAAAAGAAGGAAUCGCCGAGAGGUGAGCAGUAUUGCAUGGGAGUUGAUAAAAAUGAGCAAACAAGAAGAGGAUCUCGUAUAUAGGAUGUACAAGAUUGUUGGAGACAGGUGGGCAUUGAUAGCCGGACGGAUUCCAGGGCGGAAAGCGGAAGAAAUAGAGAGGUUUUGGUUAAUGAGACACAUGAUGACUACAGCACCCUAA